AUGGCUCCUCUCUCUUACUCCAAGACCGCCAAGGUCCCCCGUCGCCCCUUCGAGGCUGCCCGACUUGACUCCGAGUUGAAGCUCGUCGGAGAGUACGGUCUGCGCAACAAGCGUGAGGUCUGGCGUGUCCAGCUCACCCUGUCCAAGAUUCGUCGUGCUGCCCGUCAGCUGCUUACCCUCGACGAGAAGGACCCCAAGCGUCUCUUCGAAGGUAACGCCCUGAUUCGCCGUCUCGUGCGUGUCGGUGUCCUCGACGAGUCCCGCAUGAAGCUCGAUUACGUCCUGGCCCUGAAGGUUGAGGAUUUCUUGGAGCGCCGCCUCCAGACCUGUGUCUACAAGCUCGGUCUCGCCAAGUCCAUCCACCACGCCCGUGUCCUGAUCCGCCAGCGCCACAUCCGCGUCGGCAAGCAGAUUGUCAACGUCCCCUCUUUCAUCGUCCGUCUCGACUCCCAGAAGCACAUUGACUUCGCCCUGACCUCGCCCUUCGGUGGUGGCCGCCCUGGCCGUGUCCGAAGAAAGAAGGCCAAGGCCGCCGAGAAGGGUGGCGACGAGGAGGAAGAGGAGGAGGAGUAA